AUGGCGGAGCUGGCCAAGAUCAAGCGCGAGCGCGCAGAGGAGAAGGCGCGGCUGGCCGCCGAGGCGGAUGCGGCGAACGCAGCCGACCGGGACGCAGAGAUCGCCUCGGGCAACCCGCUACUGAACCUGCAGGCUGCGCUGGGACAGGGCCCUGCAGAGUCGAGCAGUGCCGGAGGAGGCGGCUUCGCAGUUAAGCGGCGCUGGGACGACGACCUCAUCUUCAAGAAUCAGGCCGUGACGCUCGACAAGCCGAAGAAGGGCGAGUUUGUCAAUGACCUGCUCCGGUCCGAGUUCCACAAGAAGUUCAUGCAGAAGUACAUCAAGUAG